AUGUACGAGCUCAACGAAAGCAGCUUCGACCCCAUCACCUUCGUCCUGACAGGCAUCCCGGGCAUGGAGGAGUGCCACGUCUGGAUCUCCGUGCCCUUCUGCCUGAUGUACCUCACCGCAGUGUUCAGCAACUCGGUCCUUCUCUUCGUCAUCAGCACAGACCGGAGCCUCCACGAGCCCAUGCACCUCUUCCUCGCCAUGCUGGCCGUCUCUGACCUCAUGCUGUCCACCACCACGGUGCCCAAAAUGCUGGCCAUCUUCUGGUUCAGCGCCAGAGAGAUUUCCUUUGACGCCUGCAUCACGCAGAUGUUCUUCACCCAUUUCAGCUUCAUCAUGUUCUUCACCCAUUUCAGCUUCAUCGUGGAAUCCUCCGUGCUGCUGGCCAUGGCCUUCGACCGCUACGUGGCCGUGUGUGACCCGCUGCGCUACCCGUCCGUCCUGACGCCCUCGGUGAUCGGGAAAAUCGCCGUGGCCGCCGUCCUCCGGGGCUUCUGCAUCAUGUUCCCGCCCAUCUUCCUGCUGAAGAGGCUGCCCUACUGCGGGCACAACGUGAUGCCCCACACCUACUGCGAGCACAUGGGCAUCGCCCGCCUGGCCUGCGCCGACAUCCGAGCCAACGUGUGGUACGGGCUGACCACGGCGCUGCUCUCCUCGGGGCUGGACGUCGUGCUCAUCGCCGCGUCCUACGCGCUCAUCCUCAGGGCCGUGUUCCGCCUGCCGACCCCCGAGGCUCGGCUCAAAACCCUGAGCACCUGCGGCUCCCACCUCUGCGUCAUCCUCAUGUUCUACGUGCCGGCCUUCUUCUCCUUCCUCACGCACCGCUUCGGCCACCACAUCCCCAGCCACGUCCACAUCCUCCUCGCCAACCUCUACGUCGUGGUGCCGCCGAUGCUCAACCCCAUCGUUUACGGGGUGAGGACCAGGCAGAUCCGGGAGCGUGUCCUGCGCCUCCUCUGCCCCACGGCCGAGUGGCCUUGCCCCGGCUGCUGGGGCAGGUGCUGAGCAGGGCAAGGGGGACACGGCACAGGGUCAGGAAAGCAGCACCAAGAGCCACAGCGCUUCUCGCCCAAGGUUUGCCCGAGGCACUCAGGACAAGUUGAGGGUGGUGGGGUUUCUGGAAGCAUGGGCUUGGGUCAUCAGCACUUUCACUGCUGUUGGUUUGUACUGGAGCUGCUUCCCACGAAUGCUCCAUUGGCAGGUUCAGCUGAGGAUCACUGAGGCUCCUGCACCUCCUGUCUCGCUGUCACCUGCUGCUGCUGGUUGUGUUUGCUGUCCUACAGCCUCAUUUCUGCCUGUUCCUUCACCUGUUCUCUCAGUGCCCAGACUCUGAACACCUUGUCAGUCACCAGGCAGGAGACUGGCACACCAACCAUGGCUGGAUGGGCAACUCACUGCUCACCACGGCACGGAGGGUGGGUGGCCUGUCCUGCCCUUGUUGUCGAGGGACCCUGGCACCUCUUGCUGCUGAAGGGGUUUCCCUGCUGAAGGGGUUUCCCUGCUGAAGAAGCUGGGGAGGUCAGGAAAGGCUUUAUUUUCCUGUGUUUGAAGGAAAUAUAUGCCUUCAACUGUGACUCCUGAACUGAAUUCAAACCUCUGGAGUGGCUGGUGACCCCAAGAUGUCAGGGAAUGGCUCUCCCUGGACAUGGGAUCCACAGAAUGUUGUGCCCUGCAUCAGGAUGGGAGCUGGUGGAUCAUGUCCCAAUGUCCCUGAUGGAGAGCAGGAGCUACAGGUGCUCUGCUCUCUGGGACCAGGGGUGUUCACACCUGAAUGAUGCAGCAGGGACUCUGACACAGCAACCCAAUCCCUGCUGUGCUCCAGCCAUCCCAGUAACAACUUCAAAAAAAGGGAGAGAUUUAUGAUUUCAGAU